AUGGGUAUCUUCCUCAGCAAGAGCGUCUCCUUCAACCCUUCAACCAACAUCCCGUCUCUAGAAGGCAAAGUUAUCCUUGUAAGGGGGGGAAACAGCGGUCUCGGGAAGGAAUCAGUUCUUGAACUAUCCAAGCACAAACCAAAAGAAAUAUGGCUUGCAGCCCGUCAGGUCGACAAGGCCAACGAAUCCAUCGAAGAAAUCAAGAAUCGGGGCGGCGAUCCUGCGAGAAUCAAAGUCGUUCAGCUGGACCUUAUGUCGUUGGAAUCAGUCGCCAAAGCGGCAGAGUCAAUCCGAGCACAGACAAAUCGACUCGACAUGCUGCUACUGAACGCCGGUAUCAUGUCUGUUCCACCGGGUCUCACAUGUGAGGGCUAUGAGAUCCAAUUCGGCACGAAUCACAUGGGACACGCGCUCCUCACCAAGCUCCUCUUACCAAUGCUUCUCAGAACGAGAGAGCAGCUUGCAUCGGAUGUGCGAGUCAUCGUUCUCAGCUCCUAUGCACACAAUUUCGCGCCCACCGGCGGGAUCGUGUUCGACAGCUUGAAGAGCCGCGCGGAGGAGAUGGGUACUGUGACCCGGUACGGGCAGAGCAAGCUUGCCAACCUCUUGUAUGGCCAGGAGCUGGCCAGACACUACCGCGAACUCAGAGUGGCGGCCGUUCACCCCGGCCUUGUCAGAACCAACCUCGCAAAUACCAUGGGCUCUGAAAGCCUUAUAAAGAGGUUCUUGUGGUGGCUGACCAGUGGGUUCGCCGGUGUUGAUCCGGCGACAGGGGCCUUGAAUCAACUUUGGGCGGCAACGGCGGACACCGUCCAGUCGGGUGUAUACUAUGAGCCAGUUGGAAUAGCUAAUCGAGAGAGCCAGUACGCUAAGGACAGUAAGUUGGCUAGAGAGCUUUGGGACUGGACUGAACAGGAGUUGAGCCAAUAUAUUGUGACCUGA